ACACAUCUAAAAGCUGCAGGGCAGUAGCUCUCGAGGACUGGGAUUGGGCACCCCUGCUCUAGUCUGACGAAAAGCCAUAGACCAAGCAGCAGCCAAUCAGAUUUUUCCCGGAGGGCGGAACUGACUUGUUGAUCGGGUGUCGAUUACUACUGCGCAGCCGCAGCCCGGGUGACGAAGAUGGUGCUCAUCAAGGAAUACCGUGUAGUGUUGCCAGUCUCUGUGGAAGAGUAUCAAGUAGGGCAACUGUACUCUGUGGCUGAGGCCAGCAAAAAUGAAACAGGAGGAGGAGAAGGCAUUGAAGUGCUGAAGAAUGAACCCUAUGAGAAGGAUGGAGAGAAGGGACAAUACACACAUAAAAUAUAUCAUCUAAAAAGUAAAGUCCCGGGUUACGUGAAGAUGAUUGCACCAGAAGGAGCAUUAGUUUUUCACGAAAAGGCUUGGAAUGCCUACCCAUACUGUCGCACUAUUGUGACGAAUGAGUACAUGAAGGAUGACUUCAUGAUUAAGAUCGAGACCUGGCACAAACCUGACAUGGGAACAGUAGAAAAUGUCCAUGAACUGGAUGAGCAGACGUGGAGGACUGUCGAGGUUGUACCCAUAGAUAUUGCAAACAAAGAAGAAGUGGCCCCAGGGGACUAUAAGCCAGAAGAAGACCCUGCGCUUUUUCACUCGGCCAAAACAGACAGAGGACCUUUAGGACCUGAAUGGAAGAGUGAGCUGAAGGCAGAUUGUCCUUACAUGUGUGCAUACAAACUGGUCACUGUAAAGUUCAAAUGGUGGGGUCUGCAGACCAAAGUGGAAAACUUCAUCCACAGGCAAGAAAAGCGUAUUUUCACCAACUUCCACCGCCAGUUGUUCUGUUGGAUUGACAAAUGGGUGGGUUUGACCAUGGAGGACAUCAGGCGGAUGGAAGAGGAGACUCAAAAAGAGCUUGAGGAGAUGCGUCAGAAAGGAGAUGUGCGAGGCACCUGUGCCACAGAUGAGUAGAACCCCGUCGCUGUAGGUCUGACACUAGAGGCAGGCUGACUGCGUAAAACAGGUCCGAUUCGAGGCACCAGUGCUGCUCAUGAGCAAUGAGGCAAAUCAACCAAACCCUGUCACGAUGAUGUCAUCAGAGACAUGUCCACCACGCUGAGGAAAUGGCCCUGAUUGUCGCCUCUUCGCUUCCUGUCUCACAUGAUUCAUUGGGGGGUUUGAAAUGAUUGGUUAACAGUACUGUACAGAUCCUACCCCCAGUCACAAGCCUCCUGUUCACUCAGAGAAGAAAAACAAAGCAAAAAAAAUCAAAAAAAGAACAAAACAAAAAAAAGAAAAAGGUUUUGCAUUCAUAUAAAAAGAAAGAAAAAAAAAAACUUUGCACAGAUCGUAAAUUGCCUGAUAUGUAAUUGUUAGUUGAUUAUUCCAAUGGGCUUUGUUUUUAUCCAGGUGUGUAAAUGGUGACUCACAAAGUCAAGCCUUUUAAAUUCAUUAGAAUGUUUUUAGCUACACGUUCCCACACAAAUUUCUAUGAGAUGAUUGAAGAGAUGAUUGUAUUAUAACUGUCUGUCUCUACUUUAAACCUCGUCUCUCCCCUCAGUAUUGUCGAUAUACUUGUCCUGGUAAAAGGUUUUUCUCGAUUCUCUGCCCUCGUUCCACUGGCCCACUAUGUCUGGCUUUUUUUUUUUUUCUUUAUUUUGAAUUCUCAGGCAGAUCCAUGCCUAUUUUUUUAUGGUUUAAAAGCAAAAAUAAUGCUCAUGCAUGAUGGGUAAUUUAUUGUUGCCCACCCCUUUCUUCGACACAAGUGCAUGUGGACAACAGCAACUCCUCACUUUUAAACUGUCGCUGCAUGUCUACAGCCGCUGCAGUGCGUGUUGUGUGUGUUGUGUAGAGGGCAAGUCAGCACCCUCCAGGAGAGUAUGUACUUUACACCUGUGUGUUAGCGUGCGCAUCUGUGUGCUUGUUUGUGUUUUUAACUGCCUUCACUCUUAAGACUGUCACUCUGGGGACUGAGAUGGUUAACGUUCAGCAUAAGAUCAAGGCUUCUGAGUGCUCUCACACCACCAGCAGCCUCUUGAACUUUGCCUCAUGCUGUCGCUGCAUGGCCUUUCUCCUUGGCUAGGGCUUUAACUGGAGGGCUGUCAAACCUCCCCAAAAGCUUUUUUUUUUUUUUUUUUUUUUAGAUUUAAAUGAGGAUGAGUGUCUGUGCGCUGCUGCGUGCAUGAAUCAAGGUAGUUUUUUUUUUUUUUGUAUAUAUAUAUAUCUUUCUCAAACUACUGUUUCCACUCUACUGACAGAACAAAUGGGUCCAGGCAGAUCUGCCAUGUUUGUUACAGAUGUGGAUUAGCUUAGUUUUUGUUUUUGGUUUUUUUGUCCACCCACCCACACACACAAUUUCUUUUUCUUUUUUUUCUUUUUUUUAAAGCUUUUCACCUAAGUUAACUAACUACAAGAAAGUAGUAUAGUAUGAGGUCGCACUGUAAAUUUGACUCUUGCAGUGAACUAGUCAGAGCCUCGUCUAGAAAAUGGGUGGGUCACUUUCCUCUGUCACAAACUUUUUUCUUUUUUUUUUUUUUUUCUGGCUGCAUUGACUUGAGGUUAGAGCAGUGUAUCACAGCACGAGCUGAGUUUUUUGUUUUGUUUUUUUCAUAUAUAUUGAAGUUAACACAUAAGGUCAGGCUCAAUGUAAAAUAUUUAGGAUGUUUUUUAUAAUCAUGACGUAGUUUGGUUAAGGCUUUUGAUCAGGUGUGUGUGUGUGUGUGUGUGUGUGUGUGUCAGAAUUUGUAGGUUUUGAUAGAACCUAUCUCUGUGUGUUUUUGUUUAACAGGUAAAAGAGAGCCUUUAAGUGUACUUUAUAAAAGGCCCGAUUUUACAGAUAAAGCGCUCAUCAGCAUUGUCAGGUUUAUCAUUUAAUACUGUACUGCUACAAGUAACUCUAAGGAAGUUGGAAUGUCAGUGGAGCACAUAACAGCUUUGUGGAUAGCAUGCUGCUAAAGCAGAGCAAACUGUUCACGUGUUGAACUGUACCUCAUCCAUGCCUAUGAAUGUACAGCUACACAGAUAAAGGGAUAGAUUUUGCAGGAUGUUCCUAACUCCGGGAGCACUGGCAUGUUUCACACCUGUACAAGCAUGACAUGGACCUGUUAAAUCACCAGUACGAGGACAAAUAGGUUUAACAAAACAGCUAAUUUGCAUGCUCUUUUCUCUCGGUUUGAUCUAUUGAUGCUUUUAAGAAACUCUUGAAUUGCAUCACACAAGAAGGAAGUUUCCUUUAAAGGGUGGCCUCUCCCAAAAUCCAGCUCCAUUCAGCUUGACCUCUGAAUUAUAUGACGAGGAGUGAAAAGCCUGAGUGAGUUUGAUGACGGGAGUCGCCUUUUGUAGCAUUACCAGUGAUACCAGGUAUGACUGUGAGGGGAGGGAUAGAAGGUUAGGGAACAGACGGAGUCCAAAAUACUGUUUUCUUUAUUGUAAUCAUGAAAAAGCAUCUGCAAAAUCUGUUGUUUUUUUUUUUUCUGUUUUCUUUUUGUUUGUUUUUGAAAGACAAAGAUUCACAGUGUAUUCAGUCUUUUCUUUUCUGAUAAGGCAAAAUUCAGGGGAAUUAGUAGUGAAUGUAAUAAAAAUUAGUUGUUUUUUUCCCACAGCUUCCAAGCUGUGACAGAAGGUCUAGACAAUGGAACAUAACAAAAUAUCUAAUAAAUUUGAAAGAAUAAACAAAUCAGUUCUGUUUAUGA